CCACCGAAGCCAUCAGAAAAAAAUUUCUGUCUGAAAAAUGAAAAAAACGAGAAAAAUAAAAAAAUUUAGUUAAAAAGCUUGCAAACAAAAGGGGUUUUUGGGUUGCAGUCUUCAAAGGUGGAAGAAGCUGAAAAAGGCAUUAUCUUAGAAUCUGACAGUAUUAUUAUCCGCUCUUUGUGUGAGGUUUUGGAUACAGCAUCAUGUCUCAAACCAACUGGGAAGCUGAUAAAAUGUUAGAUGUCUACAUCCAUGAUUAUUUAGUGAAGAGGGAUUUAAAGGCAUCUGCUCAGGCCUUUCAAGCUGAGGGGAAAGUAUCAUCUGAUCCUGUUGCUAUUGAUGCUCCGGGUGGUUUUCUAUUCGAAUGGUGGUCGGUUUUUUGGGAUAUAUUCAUUGCUAGGACUAAUGAAAAACACUCAGAGGUUGCUGCAUCUUAUAUUGAGACUCAAUUAAUUAAAGCAAGGGAACAACAACAACAGCAACAGCAGCAACAACAGCAACCCCAACAACCACAGCAUCAACAACAACAACAGCAGCAGCAACAAUUGCAGAUGCAACAGCUGUUAUUGCAGAGGCAUGCUCAACAGCAGCAGCAACAACAGCAGCAGCAGCAGCAGCAACAGCAGCAACAGCAGCAGCAACAGCAACAGCAACCCCAGCAACAGCAACGUAGAGAUGGUGCCCAUCUCUUAAAUGGAACUACAAAUGGGCUUGUUGGAAAUGAUCCUCUUAUGCGGACAAAUCCUGCCACUGCCAAUGCUUUGGCUACAAAGAUGUAUGAGGAGAGGUUAAAAUUGCCAAUUCAGCGGGAUUCUUUGGAUGAUGCAGCAAUGAAGCAAAGAUUUAAUGAGAAUGUGGGCCAGCUUUUGGAUCCAAAUCAUGCCACAAUAUUGAAGUCUGCUGCAGCAGCUGGCCAGCCUUCAGGGCAAGUAUUGCAUGUUUCAGCUGGAGGUAUGUCUCCACAAGUUCAAGCUCGGAAUCAGCAACUACCAGGAUCUACACCGGAUAUAAAGAGUGAGAUGAAUCCAGUGUUGAACCCCAGAGCUGGUGGUCCUGAAGGAUCAUUGAUAGGAAUUCCUGGAUCAAAUCAAGGUGGUAACAAUUUGACCCUGAAAGGAUGGCCGCUCACGGGAUUGGAUCAACUUCGCUCUGGGCUACUUCAGCAGCCAAAAACUUUCAUCCAAGCUGCUCCUCAGCCCUUUCAUCAGCUCCAGAUGCUACCACAACACCAGCAACAGCUUUUGCUUGCACAACAAAGUUUGACAUCCCCUCCCAGUGAUGAAAGCAGAAGGCUGAGAAUGCUUCUGAAUAAUCGGAAUAUGAAUCUUGGGAAGGACGGUCCUUCAAAUUCCAUUGGUGAUGUUCCAAAUGUUGGCUCACCCCUGCAACCCGGUUGCGCUGUUUUGCCUCGUGGAGAUACUGAGAUGCUAAUGAAGUUAAAAAUGGCCCAAAUGCAUCAUCAGCAGCAACAACAACAGCAGCAGCAACAAAACAGUAAUCAACCACAGCAGCAGCAGCAACAGCAGCUUCAGCAGCAUGCGCUCUCAAGUCAGCAAUCUCAGAGUUCAAAUCACAACAUGCAUCAGCAAGAUAAAAUGGGGGGAGCUGGCAGCAUCACUGUGGAUGGUAGCAUGUCAAAUUCUUUUCGAGGAAAUGAUCAGGCUUCAAAAAACCAGACUGGAAGAAAGAGAAAGCAGCCUGUUUCAUCUUCUGGUCCAGCCAAUAGCUCAGGAACUGCAAACACAGCAGGACCCUCCCCAAGCUCAGCACCCUCUACACCGUCAACUCACACACCUGGAGAUGUGAUCUCAAUGCCUGCUUUGCCACACAGUGGUAGCUCUUCAAAGCCGUUGAUGAUGUUCAGCACUGAUGGUACUGGAACUCUUACAUCACCGUCAAAUCAGUUGUGGGAUGAUAAAGAUCUUGAAUUGCAGGCUGAUAUGGAUCGUUUUGUGGAAGAUGGUUCCCUUGACGAUAAUGUUGAGUCUUUUUUAUCCCAUGAUGAUACAGACCCUAGAGAUGCAGUUGGUCGUUGUAUGGAUGUCAGUAAAGGGUUUACAUUUACGGAAGUCAGCUCCGUUCGAGCGAGUGCAAGUAAAGUUAUCUGUUGCCACUUCUCAUCAGAUGGAAAACUGCUUGCUAGUGGUGGCCAUGAUAAAAAGGCAGUAUUGUGGUAUACAGACACUUUAAAGACAAAAACUACACUUGAAGAACAUUCAAUGUUAAUCACUGAUGUCCGUUUCAGUCCGAGCAUGCCGCGUCUUGCAACAUCUUCAUUUGACAAAACCGUCAGGGUUUGGGAUGCUGACAGUACUAGUUACUCGCUACGUACUUUUACUGGACAUUCUGCGUCUGUUAUGUCGUUGGACUUCCACCCGAAUCAAGAGGAUCUCAUCUGCUCUUGUGAUGGAGAUGGUGAGAUACGAUACUGGAAUAUUAAGAACGGUAGCUGUGCAAGGGUAUUCAAGGGUGGUACGGCCCAAAUGAGAUUUCAACCUCGUCAUGGAAGAUAUCUUGCAGCAGCUGCAGAGAACGUUGUAUCGAUACUGGAUGUGGAGACGCAAGCUUGUCGGCAUUCAUUACAGGGACAUACAAAACCAAUUCAUUCUGUUUGCUGGGAUCCUUCUGGUGAGUUCUUGGCAUCUGUAAGUGAGGAUUCUGUCAGAGUUUGGACGCUUGGAUCAGGAAACGAAGGGGAGUGUGUUCAUGAGUUGAGUUGUAAUGGCAACAAGUUCCACUCCUGUGUUUUUCACCCAACAUAUUCAUCAUUGCUGGUCAUCGGUUGUUACCAGUCUCUAGAGCUUUGGAACAUGAGUGAGAACAAGACAAUGACUCUUUCAGCUCAUGAUGGACUAAUAGCUGCCUUGGCUGUAUCAACUGUGUCUGGCUUGGUUGCUUCAGCUAGCCAUGACAAGAUUGUCAAGCUCUGGAAGUGAUUCAACUGUUUUUGUCAUGGUAAAAACUGCCUCUGCAAUUCAGGACUAGAUUCCUUUUCAGUGUUUGAUCAAAAGCUGGUCUAGUAUACAAAUCUAUUUUGGUUGAUCAUUCUGUCCGUUUUGUGUUUUGCCUUUUUGGAUCUCAACUUCAUCUCCUUGUAGUCCUGGAUAUUGACCUUGUAUUGUUGCUGUGUUAUGUCUAUCUUUUUACUCUUUGCUAACAUUGGACUUUCUAGUUACGUUUUUAGAAACGAUUGUGUAAUGAUUUGUACUCUAUAAAAAGGUAUGUGUUUUAGUUCCUGAUA